CCGGUGCGAGGGUGGAGACAGGCUGUUUGCUGGGCUGGCUGAGGUCGGUCAGCACUCAGUACAGACCUCGCAGGCUUCUGAAUGGAGGAGGAGAAAGUCCAGUUGGUGGAAGGCAGACUUUCCGUGGACUCCCAGCCUCCAACGUCAGGACCAGCCCCGAACUCGCCUCCGACAAAAUCCCGAGGGCCGUGGGGCACCCCGAAUCACCAUGGGCAAUGAGAACAGCACCAGCGACAACCAGCAGGAGGAAGCCGGCUCACAUAGCGUCAUCCUGUGGCCUCCAAACCCCGAGCCUCUACAGAGAACUUCAUCAGCUCAGAGCCCAGGAUCUCUUCAGCCACCCGGGAGCAGUCAGGAUACACAGAGGAAGCAGGUGGACGCGCCCAGAAGCCCUGGCCACAAGGACUCGUGCAGCACUGGGCGCGGAGGCUCCUGCUCCACUUCUGAGAGUGCCGCCGGCCCGGAUCCCUGCAUCGCGUCCCCAGAGGUGACCGAGCCGAGGAAGCGCCCACAGGAAGCCAAGGGGCUGGAAGGUUCUGCGCUGCCCAGCCCGCCGCUGCCCUGGGAGCAGGAGCGGCCCGCUAUGCCGUUCGCCGAGUGCACCCCGGAAGGUUGCUCUGCCAGGCCAGCAGCAGCACCUGAAGAUGGUCCCCUCGCUCAGCUCCCCAGGAGGGGACCGUCCCCGAGUGCCCCAGGGGAUGCUGGGACAGCCUUGGCCCUGGAAGGGGACAGCCCUGCUCCGCACAUCGUGGCUGCCAUCGUCCCCAGCGCUGGGAGAGAGAGUGAGCUGGAGGAUGUAGAGGGACAGAAGACCUCUUCCUCCAGCUGUGCUGAGCGGUCGUCUAGAAAUCCCCCAGUGCCUCCCGGAGAGCCGGUGAAGGGCCAGCUGUGUGCAGAGGGGGACCGGCCUGCAGGCUCACAGGGUGCAGAGUUCAGUCAGGGCGUGGCACCUGCUGCAGCCCAGCCAGGCGAGGAGUGCCCGGCCAGCCGGGAGGAGUCGCCCCUCAAACCAGAGGCCCUGCCCCCGGAGCGCUCGGCCAGCCGGGAGGAGUCGCCCCUCAAACCAGAGGCCCUGCCCCCACCACGUCCCUCCCAAAGAGCCUCAGACGGAGACAAAUGCCAAGUGCAGGACUCACCUUGGGGUCCAGCUGAUAGCUUGGAGUUCCUCGAGAGGGGCCACCCCUUUCAGAGUAAUUCAGGGGCUUCCCGAGAAGCCGAAGGGGAGGCCGUGCUCCAGGGAGGCUGCCAGCAGCCACCCAGGGACCACUUGCCACACACAGAGCUGCCCAGGGACAUGCCGAGCCCUGCCCCGGCAGCAGGGGCCGGUGGCUCUUGGACGGAAACUCUGGACACUAGCACGGCUCAAGGUGAUUUGCGGACCGGGACAGGGGGACUUGAGCCAGAGGAAGCUGUCCCUGUGGCCGCAGGAGGCCAGCCUGCAGGAGGGGUGCUGAGCGUGGAGUCCUCCCUGCCAGGGGGAGUGCAUUCAGCUUCAAGCCUCGCUUCCCUGCCGGCUGCCGCGGGAGCAUCCAGCAGGUUGGCCAGCGAGCCCGUUUCCGGAGCCGAGCUGCCGGUUUCUACAGAUCCAGCCGAAGAGUUGGUGGACGCAGGGUUGGCAGGAUCGGAGAAGCAAGCAUCCGAUCCAGGAAAUGAGCAAGGGCAUCCAGAAGGGAGCCUUGGGGACGUGCCUGUCCCAUCCCUCCAGGAGAAGGGGGAGUGCUCCACCAGGGAGCAAAGGCACACAGUCCCAGCAGGGGGGCCGCCCCCGCCCCCUCCCCCUCCCAGCACAUCAAGCGAAAGUUCCAGGAGCCCACUGGGGCCAAAGGGUGGCGUUGAGGUUCCUGAAGAUGCUGAGAGCCCAGCAGGGGCCCAGGAAGCAAGCAGACCCCCCGGAGCCAACCCGAGGGCACGGGAAGAAGCCCCAGAGCCUUCUGGUGGGGCGGAUCCUGGGCACUGGGGGGGACAGGAGUCCCAGGCCUUCCACGGCAAGCCUGAUCCGGAGGUGGAUGACGAUGUGGCCCCGAAGGCAACAGGCGGUGCAGACAGCAGAGCUCUUCCUGGUGCAGGCGCAGACGCAGGCGCAGACGGGCCACCCAGAAGGGCAGAAGGGCCUGGGCGCCCACCAGCAGAGGCAGGGAGGCAGGUGCUGGCCGAAACCCACGCAGCCCAUUCAGCUGCCGUGCUGCACAGAUUCCGUGAGGAGGAGGGCCCUGCCCUGGAUGGAGCUGCUGAGCGCACUGUUUCAGAAGGAGCCAUCGGGGAGCAGCCGGGGUCACAGAGCAAAUGUCCCGACAUCCUUCAGGGCGAGGGAGGCUCAGGAUCUGCGUUAGAAUCUGAGAAUCCAGCUUUCGCAGCAAGGCCCGCUGCAGAGGUUGUACCCGAGGCCCAGGAGAGCGCUCCAGAAACCACGCUGACGGGCAGCUGUGACAGGGAGGGCUUGCCGACCGCACCCCUGGGCCAACCCCGUGGGCUGGGGUGCGGUGCAGCUGGACAGGAAGUUCAUGCUGAUGGGCCACCUCCCCAGGAUGGGGAGAACCCGACAGUGGCCCCUGGACUCACCACACUUGACCUGGAGCGAGAUGGGCAGGGAGAUCCAUCCGUCUCAGGCAACACCCAGACCACAGGGGCCACAUCGGAGAGGCCCCCGCAGUCUGCUAAAAGCCGUCUGGAGUCCUCCCAGUUGGACCCAGAAACUCCGAUCUCUGAUGUGCUCAAACAGAAGCCCCACCCGCCCGACAGUGGGAAAGAGACUUCUCCAGGUGAUGCAGGCUUCGAGAUGCCCCGUGUACCUGUACCUGUGGAACCUUGCAGGGCUGCGUGCUCACCUGCUCCCGGAGGACAGGAGCAGGCUUCUGGCUCAGACCCCCCACGUGAGCCCCCCGAGGGCAGUGUGUCUCAGGGUCCAAGUUCAUCUCCCAGGAAGGCAGAUCCAGAGAUUUCUCCUGCAGAGGACUCAGAGUCGGCCGCCCCCAUAGAACAGAAGCUGCUGGUGCAGGGGGCAGAUGAGCAAGAGGGAGCAGACAGAGGUCAGCCCUCAGGGGUCUCGCCUCCUGCAGAGCACGCCUUGGAAGACUCCAAUCUUGCAGGCGAUGUGAAUGGAAAGGAAUAUGACCAGGCUGGGCAGGGGCAGGACAAGCCCUGGCAGGACCUGGCCGAUGCUUCGAGAGCAGGCGGCCGGCAUGAAGAAGCACGUCCCGGGGAUGCGGGAGUCUCUGAAACUUCCUUGGCUUGGCCCGGGCUCCCAGGCUUGGGCGAGCCGGAGAUGGCAAGCAGCAGCGCUCAUGCACUUGACUCAGGGACCCUCCCAGGGGCAGCUCCCUGCUUGCCAGCCCCAGUGGCUGCCGGCCCCACUGUCACGCCCCCUCAGCCUGCGUGUGGUGAAACCCAGCAAGGCAGGCAGCAGCCAGUGCCGGCCCCAUGGCUAGAGAUGGAGCAGCUUCCGGGCUCCGUCACGGAGGCCGGAAAGUUACCUGGAGGUUUCUCAGCAAGCAGUGAAGGCGGGGCUGCCGAGAGAAGUGGGAAUGCUGAUGGAGACCCAGGGGUGCAGCGGGCUCCCCAGCACCCAGGAGAAGAUGCUGGCAAUGGCAGCUUCCUUCAGACUGACCCCUGCCUCACCCCCCAGGAGGGAGCAUCUACCUUGGCCCUCGGUGCGCCCUGCCAGGCUGAGCAGCCCACGCUCAGCUGCCAGGAUGCCUGGCUGCCAGCCGGAGAGCUGCGUGGGGCUCCCAGGAGUGCAGUGGAUACGCCCGCCCAGCAGGCUGUGCCCAACCCUGAGGGGCUCCUGCCGGGUGCGCCCCCUGUGGAGGCUGCUCCCGACACUCCUUACACUCCUUAUCUACAUAUCGAUGGUGCAGCCGCUGGGAAGGGAGCAGAAGAUGGCGGGGUGAAAGCUGCCUCCUGGGGGACCUGCCCCAGAACUCCUGCCGAAGUCGCCUGUCCCCCAGGGGGAUCCCUGCUUGCCGUGGACGACGCCAUCUCUGUGACACACUCUGCUGGCUCCUGCACCUCCCUCUUGCCACCAGGAGCUGCAGGUGAGGAAGUCUCUAACGUGCAACCCAGCAGCGAAAGCCCCGAAGCUGGAGCCACUGAGGCCCCCCUGGGUUCCGUGCCCUACCUGGACAGGCUGCUGCUUCCGGCCAAGGCUCAGCAGACAGCAGGGCAGGAGAGAACAGCGGCCGCUCCGGGUGUAGAUGCUGAGGCCAGUGAGACCCCAGCGUGUCCUGCCAGUGCAAGCGGGGCAGCGAGAGAGACGGAGGGCAGCGGGGAGAGGACAGGAGCCUCCCGCGACCUGAAGAGGAGCACGCCAGGUGGUGUGGACGUAAGCUCCAAGCAGAGCAGCGCCAUUGCCGGGCUCCCUGACUUCAGGGAGCACAUCACCAAGAUCUUUGAGCAGUCCGUGCUGGGCGUCCUGGCCUCCGAGCGGCCCCGGAGUGCACCUGCAGGAAAGCCAGGACCUGAGAAGUCUGCGCAGGGCAAGGACCCCACCAUGGCGCUCAGCCCAGAGAAGCUUCUAGAUGGGACUCAGGGUGUGGCCAUUCCCCCUCUGCCUGCACUUCCUGCUGGGUUCUACAUGGAGAAGAAGCAAGAGUUGGCUGAGGUUUCCCUUCUGGUUCCCCAGGAUCCAGCUCCAGACAAGCUGCUGGGUCUCAGGGUGCCGGCCUCUGAGCAGAACCUGCCAGGUGCUGGGGUGGGGGAGGUGACAACAGGUGUCCCACCCACAGCGAGGGGAAGCGAGGGGCCAGAGGGGGCUGGGGAAGCCCAGGCUCACUCCCAGUCAGGGAGCGAGGGGCAGGCUGCAGCCUCAGGCCCUUCCUCUCGUGGGACCUGUGCGGAGAGAGCUGCUGACUUGCAGGUGGCUCCCACGAGCCACAGAGAAGCCUUGGCUGUGGCCGAUAGACCUCCUUCCGGAGAGCAGCACCAGGAGACAGCUGCCCGUGACAGGCAGCACAGAGGAGACGGUCCCCAGGAGCCUGCUCGCCCAGAGGGUCCAGGCAACGUGCCCAGCUCCACACAUGCCCCGGACAUCUCUUCUCCCCGUGGGGACGUCCUGACUGGGCCUGAGGCCAGCGAUGAGGCCUGGACCCUGGACACACUUGGAGGUGAGAGGAGGCCUGGAGGUGCUGCCGGCAUCGCAGGAGGGCAGAAUGUCCCCGGGGAGCAGAGUGCCCCAGAGCCGCCAGCUGGGAAAGCGCUGGGCACUGCCUUGGAGCCUGGCAGAGUGGCAGGACCUGCUGCAGAAGCAGUGGGUGACAUCAUCUUGAGCCCAGGUGAGACACGGGCACGUGCCUCAGGUGACCUGCCCGAAACAGGUCCUACAGGGGUGCUCGCCAGGUCAGCUCCUGACACAGCUCUGCCAGGGAGCCGUCAAGACCCAGGCUUCCCUGAUUCAGUGCAACCCAUGGAGGAUGCAGCCACCUCGCCCGGGGGCAGCCCAGCCGGGCACCAGCAGGCUGAGGAGCAGCCGAGGCGUGAGCACCCCACUGCGGCCGGGGACAGGAAGGUGUGUGUCUCCUCACCUCCAGAACUUGGCAACAUGCAGGACCAGACGCUGCCACCCCUGGUUCCGGAAGAGCUCCAGGCUGCCAGCGCCUGCCCGGCUGCUGCCCGUGUGGACCUCGCUGCCCCGGCCUCAGGACUUGCAGCCUUGCCUUCCGCCCCAGCUGUCCACAGAGCAGAAGCCUCCGCUUCCUCCUGCCAGGACCUGGUCCAGGACGCAAGCAGGAGUUCUGACUCUGAAGAAGCAUUUGAGACCCCGGAGUCAACGACCCCCGUCAAAGCUCCACCAGCCCCGCCCCCGCCGCCCCCCGAAGUCAUCCCUGAACCUGAGGUCAGCGCACCACCGCCCCCGGAAGAACCAGGAUGCAGCUCUGAGACGACUUCCGUCGCCGACGGCCCCCGGCAUGACUCGGUGGAAGGCAGCCCUUUCCGUCCUCCCUCGCACUCCUUCUCGGCCGUCUUCGACGAAGACAAGCCGAUAGCCAGCAGCGGGACGUACAACUUGGACUUCGACAGCAUCGAGCUGGUCGACUCCUUUCAGAGCUCGGAGCCUCGCUCCCCAGACGCCAAGGCCCCGGAGUGCCCCGGGGGUUCGCGGAGGAAGUCCACGGACUCCGUGCCCGCCUGCAAGUCCUCACUGCCCCGCUCCCUCAGCCUGCAAGCUGGUGACUUCGAUGGCGCUUCCUGCGCGGCUGGUCCCGAGGCCGCGGCCCUCGCCCCAGAUGCCUAUGGCACGGGUUCCAGCAGUGCUUCCAGUACCCUUAAGCGAACUAAAAAGCCCAGGCCGCCAUCCUUGAAAAAGAAACAGACCACCAAGAAGCCCACGGAAACCCCCCCGGUGGAAGAGACGCAGCCGGAGCCUGCCGGCGAGGGUCCCGUCCUCGCCAAGGAGCAUGUAGCAUCUGAGACAAAAACGGAGCCAGCCAAGCCUGAGGGUUCCCGAUCAGCCUCGUCGGAGGAGAGCCCCCCGGAACCUGCCGCCUGCCCGCCGGACUGCGAGGGCGCGGAAGGAGCCAGCGCCCCGGCCUCGGCGGGCGGCAGAGUGCAGAACUCACCCACCGUGGGGAGGAAAGCCUUGCCUGCCAGCACGGCCCCCGAGGCGGCGGCCGUGACCCCCGCGGAGAGUGGGGGCGCAGGGGACUCCCCCGCCAGAGGGCUCUCGGUGAGGCUGGAGUUCGACUACUCUGAGGACAAGGGUGGUUGGGACAGCCAGGGUGACGGCACGCCUGCUAGCAAAAAGACAGGCAAAAAACCGGUCGCCAAGAUGCCCCUACGGAGGCCAAAGAUGAAAAAGACCCCCGAGAAACUCGACAACGCUCCUGCCUCACCCACCAGCUCCCCCGCCGAGCCCAGUGACAUCCCUAUGGCCAAAGGUACCUAUACCUUUGAUAUUGACAAGUGGGAUGACCCCAACUUUAACCCCUUUUCUUCCACCUCAAAAAUGCAGGAGUCUCCCAAACUGCCCCAACAGUCCUACACCUUUGACCCAGAGGCCUGUGAUGAGUCCGUGGACCCCUUUAAGGCGUCCUCUAAGACCCCCAGCUCCCCGUCUAAGUCCCCAGCCUCCUUUGAGAUCCCAGCCAGUGCCAUCGAAGCCGGUGCGAUGGACGGGGAUGGGCUCAACAAGCCCGCCAAGAAGAAGAAGACGCCCCUCAAGACGAUGGUUGAAGAUGUGAUGUCUGUGUGUUCUCUGUUUGACACAUUUAGGGUGAAAAAGUCACCAAAGCGGUCUCCUCUCUCUGACCCACCUUCUCAGGACCCCACUCCGGCUGCGACGCCGGAGACACCGCCGGUCAUCUCUGCCGUGGUCCACGCCACAGACGAGGAGAAGCUGGCGGUCACCAACCAGAAGUGGACAUGUAUGACGGUGGACCUGGAGGCCGACAAGCAGGAUUUCCCGCAGCCCUCGGACCUGUCCACCUUCGUCAACGAGACCAAGUUCAGUUCCCCCACAGAGGAGUUGGAUUACAGAAACUCCUAUGAAAUCGAAUACAUGGAAAAAAUCGGCACCUCCUUACCUCAGGACGACGACGCCCCGAAGAAGCAGGCCUUGUACCUCAUGUUUGACACUUCUCAGGAGAGCCCCGUCAAGUCUCCUCCUGCCCGCGUGUCGGACUCGCCGACGCCGUGUUCAGGGUCAAGUUUCGAGGAGACCGAAGCCCUUGUGAACACCGCGGCAAAGAUCCAGCAUCCUGUCACACGCGGGCUGGCCCCCAGCCAAGAGCCACCCAUGCAAGCGCCCGAGAAACCCUCCCAGAAGGAGCUGGAGGCCAUGGCCUUGGGCACCCCUGCAGAGGCGGAUGAGAUUACAGCUCCCGAUGCUGCCUUUGCCUCUGCUGACGCCCUGCUCAGCAGGCUGGCCCAUCCCACCUCUCUCUGCGGCCCGCUUGACUGUCUGGAGCCCGACUUAGCAGAAAAGAACCCCCCAGUAUUUGCUCAGAAGCUACAGGAGGAGUUAGAGUUUGCCAUCAUGCGGAUAGAAGCGCUGAAGCUGGCCAGGCAGAUCGCCCUGGCUUCCCGCAGCCGCCAGGACGCCAAGCGGGAGGCUGCUCACCCCACAGACGUCUCCAUCUCCAAGACAGCCUUGUACUCCCGCAUCGGGGCCUCGGAUGUGGACAAACCUGCAGGCCUUCUGUUCCGGCAGCCGGACCUGGACGCGGCGCUGCAGAUGGCCAGAGCAGAGAUCAUAACCAAGGAGAGAGAGGUCUCCGAGUGGAAAGACAAAUACGAAGAGAGCAGGCGAGAAGUGCUGGAGAUGAGGAAGAUCGUGGCCGAGUACGAGAAGACCAUCGCGCAGAUGAUCGAGGACGAACAGAGGGAGAAGUCGGUCUCCCACCAGACGGUGCAGCAGCUGGUCCUGGAGAAGGAGCAGGCGCUGGCCGACCUGAACUCGGUGGAGAAGUCUCUGGCCGACCUUUUCAGGAGAUACGAGAAGAUGAAGGAGGUCCUGGAAGGUUUCCGCAAGAAUGAGGAGGUACUGAAGAAGUGUGCACAGGAGUACCUGUCCCGCGUGAAGAAGGAGGAGCAGAGGUACCAGGCCCUGAAGGUGCACGCAGAGGAGAAGCUGGACAGGGCCAACGCUGAGAUCGCCCAGGUCCGAGGCAAGGCCCAGCAGGAGCAGGCCGCCUACCAGGCCAGCCUGCGGAAGGAGCAGCUGCGCGUGGACGCACUGGAGAGGACGCUGGAGCAGAAGAACAAAGAGAUUGAAGAACUCACCAAGAUUUGUGAUGAACUGAUCGCCAAAAUGGGGAAGAGCUAACUUUCAACCAAAUGUUUGGACUUGACCGUUGCGUGCAAUAUGACCGUCGGCACACUGCCGUCUUCCAGUCACGUGGGAGGGUGGCUUUCACUUUUUUGUAUGCACUACUGUGUUUCCUUUCUAAAUAAAGUUGAUUUGAUUGUAUGCAGUACUAGGGAGACGAUCGGAAGUUCUUGCUAUUGGUUUGCAUUUUCCUAGACUCAUUCAUAGCAAGGUGACCUCAGAGUUCCUGUAUCAGGGAGAUUGUCUGAUUCUCUAGUAAAAGACACAUUUUGACUCUGGCUUUGCCCUUUGUAUCCAGGUUCCCAGGGUGAGCCCUUUUGGACUUCGUAUGACAUGUACAGCGUGCAUAGGGACUCUUGCCUUAAGGAGUUAAACUUGAUCUGCAUUUGUUGAUUUGUUUUAAAAAAAUGCAUGUUUCAAAUAAAAUUCUCUAUUGUAAAUAAAUUUUUUUCUUUGGAUCUUGGCAACAA